UUGGAGUGUGGCCAUUGAAAAUGCUCUAAGGUAAAGGUAAAGUAUACGACACGUUUCUGAAUAGAGAGAAAGGAAGAAGAAAAUAGAAGAGGUUUUAGAGAGAGAAACACCCAAUGCAACCAAGUACCCAAUUUUCCUAUUAAGCAAAAAAGUAACCAAGUUUCCUUUUUUUUUUUUAAUUUAAAUUUAAAUUCCUUUUUGUAUUUUUAAUAAUCUUUACCCGGAUCGGAAUCGAUUCAUGGAGGGAGUUGGGGCCCGGCUUGGGCGGUCAUCGACCCGGUACGGUCCGGCGACGGUGUUUACUGGGCCGGUGAGGAGGUGGAAGAAGAAAUGGGUACACAUAGCUCCAUCGAGUUCUAACAGUACUGGAACAGCGUCUACCACCGCCGCCACCACCACAUCCUCCUCAAAUCACUCUCAGAUUCACGUCCAUAACGCUACCACUAACGGUUCUCAUCUUCUUCUUUAUAAGUGGAGUCCAAUUACCCAAAGCCAAAACGCCGCCAUGAACGGAGAUACUAAUGGGGACAGGGUUUCUGCUGAAGACGAGACAACGGUGACACCAUCGGACGAGCCUCCUAGGCGAAAAUUCAAAUACAUUCCGAUUGCAUUGCUAGAAGAGGAACAGAAAGAUGACACAGCAGAAGAUGAAGCUGCAGAAAAGGUGACAGAGGAAGCUAAAGCAAUUGAGAUUGAUUCAUCAAAGGAUGGUAAUUUGGAUGAGAAACCUGACAUCAAUGAUGUUCCCAUGGAAGAAAACCAGGACACAAAUCAGGUAGUAUGCCAAGAUCUGAAUGAAAGUACUUUGGAUCUGAGCUUGGGAUUCAAUGCUCAUGACCAUGAAAGCGACAAUGAUCCCGAUUCCAAAGCUGAUCACAGAGAUAGCUAGUUCAAAGAGUGAAGUUUACUGUAAUGUACCCAUUGGAGAUUGGAAACCUUGCCUAAUUUUUUGAUCAUUUAGAUUAAUUGCGCAUAAGAUUUCUGAGUCAUUUGUAGUUUCUAUUCCUGAGUCAUUUGUCAUACAUUACUUAAUUCUUUAGCACUGAACGAUCGAGUUUUUUCCCUUCCGGAAAUUCUAAUUGGUACUGAUGUUCGUACUGGAAUUUACAUAGGUGUAAUGAGAAUCAAUUAUUUAUUUAGUAUUCACAAUCAAAA